AUGGCCACCGUCGCCAUCGCUGUGUGCAAGCAACUGGGCUGCGGGCCCCCUGCUGCUGAGGCCCUCCAGCUCAUCUUCUCCCGUGGAAAGGCAGAGUGUAUGAAGCUGCUGAUGUGCAGGGAAAUGGCAGCUCCACUGGCAGGGUGUGACUGGAGACUGACCAACUGCACAGACUACGUCACUCUGGCUUGUAGCGAGCUGGCUGAAACCACCACUAAGCCCCCACCGGUGCCUGAGACCACCACGUUGGAGCCCACUGGUGCUGCCAGGUUGAGGCUGGUGGAUGGGAACUCCAGCUGCUCAGGGUUUGUGGAGCUGUACAGGCAGGGGCUGUGGGGCGCUGUAGGGGCUGAUGCAGGUGCCUGGCCUGACCUGGCCCCUCGAAUCUGUGAGGCGGUGCACUGCGGUGACCUCAUCAGUGACCACAGUACAGUACCGGAGGUGAGAAGCCACUUACCAGUACGGUGGGAGAUGGAGAGGUCCUGCAAGAGACACUCAGUCCUGGAUUGCUUCAAUGAAACGAGUGACCAUCGGGGGAAAGUGCCUGCCUUUGUCAUCUGCUCCGGCUCCCAGCCCCGGGCCAUGCGGAGGCUGGCGGGGGGCCUCAGCCCCUGUGAGGGGCACAUCGAGAUGUUUCACAGGGACCGGUGGCAGGCACUAUGUGAUGAGCCCAGGCAGCGGGCUGAGUGGGGCAGGCAAAUGUGCCAGGAGUUGCGGUGUGGGAAGCUCUCCUCCAGUGCUGUGCUCAAGGACCCGCUGAUGAUGGGCAUCACCUGCGCUGCUCGUAACCUCCACCUCUGCCCUGCCAGCCUUGGAGGACUCCGGACCUGCUCCCACAUCAGUGUUGUGUGCCAGGACUCCAUGCUGCAUCCUGCUGGUCUGGGAGCUGGCACCAUCGUGAGCAUCUUCCUGGCCCUUAUUCUCUUCAGCAUUCUCCUGCUCAUCUGUGGACCCCCUGCCUACAAGAGACUGAUGAAGAAAAUCUCAAAGAAGAAGCAGCGUCAGUGGAUUGGCCCCACAGGAUUCAACCAAAAUGUUUCAUUCCACCGCAACAGCACUGUCAACCUGAGGCCACGGGCUGAGGGGCCAAGAGCACAGGGGGAGGACAAUGACUAUGCGCAGCCCCCCAAGAAGAACCCCCAUCUAUCAGCUUAUCCAGCUCUGGAAGGUGCAUCCCUAUCUUCCAACCCUCCAGACAAUUCCUCCGAUAGUGACUACGACUUGCAUUCUGCCCAGAGAGUGUGACUUCCCUGCAAGACGUAAGACCCUCUCGGGCACCCUUUUCUUCCUGGACUGAGCCGUUUUCUGCUGUCCUGUUAUCUCCUCACCUAAAGCUAUCACAGGACAUUCAGUGUAUGACAGCUAAAUUGAGCACCUACUGAAUCGGCUUGUCUAUGGCUUCUUAAAAUUUUG